AUGCACUCUCUGAAGACUAGUUACGCUGGGCAAAUAUUUGCUCUAGCCAAGCCCCACGAGUCUCUAGGCAAGAGAACUCGUAAUCGGAUUCCCAAAGAGGAGAGGAAGACACUGGUCGAGUCUUUCAUAAAGAAGCAUCAAAGACUAAACAAUGGGAGUUUUCCUUCACUUAGCCUCACACACAAGGAGGUUGGUGGAUCUUUCUACACUAUAAGGGAGAUUGUGAGAGAGAUCAUCCAAGAAAAUAGAGUUCUUGGUACUAGUGACUUGUUUCUUGAGAGCAAUGGCUCUGACCAUUUGCAAGAUCAAAGCCUGUCAAGCUCACUCCUGAUGGAUCCUGUGCCCCCUUUAUCUUUGUCCCCGAACGGAUUCCAUUCUCAGUCGGAUCAAAGUCAUAGUUUUUCUUCCGAGGCUGUGGAGGCUAAGUCACUUGAAGGUUGUGGAAACAUUAACGGUAGCCAGGAUGCCUCGGAAGACAGAGGAUCCGAUAGUUUGAAGAAAAGGGAAGUUAACGGAUAUAAGCUUCCCGAAGAAGAUGUACACGAGUCUGUGGGAUCUACUGACAUAUCCAAGACUCAGUUUGAAGCAUCUUGCAGUGAAGAAAAUGAUACAGGACUACAAACUAGAGUGGAGACAGUGUGCGACAGUUUAGCCACCACGCCUCAGUGGGAAGAACUCGAUGUGGAUAACAAAGACAGAGACUUUGAGGAAAUACCUCUCAUUGAGUCAGAAGGUACAGAACCUGUUAACAGUGACGAAAGAGUGAAUCAUGCUGGAGAAGCAAUGGCCGAAAAGAAUACAUUAGGCGCAAUUGAUUUGCCAUCAGAAACAGUUGUUGAGACAUUUCCUGUGAGUUCUGUGACUUCAGCAACGGAGUUAUCUGAUGUCCAGCCUAAUGAGUGGGAGAAAGUUUGUGAGGGUGGGAAAGGAACUGAGGCAAAGGUGGAAACUGGUAGCAGCACCGAAACUUCCGUUGAUGUUGGAGAGAUUUCUUCAUCCAUUUUUGCUGUACCUGAAGAACAGGGGACAGAAGUCAUUGUUGGUCAAAUGCCAAAUCAUAUUUCUGUCCCUAUGGAAAACCAAGUUGAAGAGAAAAUUGUGUAUCCUGCUUCAAUAGAUGUUGAAAUUGCUGAUAUUAAAGGAACCGUGGUUGCGAGUCCUGUGAUUGGCAACAUCCAUGAGACUGGAAGUUGUAAGAACGACAAAGCAAAAGUGGAGACUAUGAGUAGCCAUGCCAGGAAUGAAGUCGCAAUUGCUGAGAAGGCAACCAUGGAACAAGGGAAACUUGAAGCAUCAGAUAGUUCCAGCUCUCAGAAAGGAAACAUUGCAACACUAAACAGAAUUAAACCGGAAUCGUGGAAAGAGCAAUCUAACAAGGCACAGGAAACAAAUCCCCUUUUGGCGGUUCUCAAAUCUUUCUUGACAGCCUUUGUGAAGUUUUGGUCUGAGUAA